CGACUUUCCACCACUUUUUUCCACCUGGCAACACUUCCAUCGGUGUUUUUCGGCAUAGAGCAUUUUUUAUCUGCAAAAAGGACAAUUUUUUUUUAGUGCAAUGGAAGGUGCAGUUAAGCUCAACAACUCCAGUAACGCAUCGCCGUUGCCGCAGCGCCAGCUGAGGGGCAACCUAGCCAAUAAGAAUCUCGGCAAGCACACUGCCCCGAAGCAAAACGCCGCAAGCGAUGGUAAUCCUGCCGAAAAAAAGCCUCGAUUUGGGCCGAACACCCAGAAUGGAGGUGGAGGUGGAGUAGCCGGCGGUGGUGGAGGCGGUGGUGCCGGAGGCGGUGGCCGAGGCGGAUUCACCGGCAACCGCGGCAAUCGAGGAGGCAACCAAAAUCAAAACCGCCAGGGUUUCCAGGUUGCAAAUAAUGCCAAUCAGAAGCAGCCGAACGAAUCGCCGAAGCCGGCUGCGAGCAAUGCGCCCGCAAAGAAUAAUGACCCCACAGACGCCGCCAACCCAGUGCAGCCGAGCCAGAACGCCAGCCAGGGACAGGGCAAUCAAGGAGGCCAAGGGAACCAAGGUAACCAGGGUGGACAAGGACAGGGCUUCAGAGGACGUGGCCCAAAUCAGCCCAAUCAAAAUGCCAACCAAGGACAAGGCCAGGGAAACCAGGGCGAUCAAGGUAAUGCCGGCAACCAAGGAGGCCAGGGCUUUAGAGGACGUGGUGGUGGCGGCGGAGGAGGUGGCCAAAACCAAAAUAUCAACCAGGGAAAUCAAGGAAAUCCGGGAGAGCAAGGAGGCCAAGGCAACCAAGGAGGCCAGGGUAACCAAGGCGGACAGGGCUUCAGAGGACGCGGCGGUGGCGGUGGGCAAAACCAGCCCAAUCAGAAUGCCAACCAGGGGCCAGGUCAGGGGAAUCAAGGUGGCAAUCAGGGAGGAAACCAAGGCGGCAACCAGGGAGGAAACCAAGGAGGAAACCAGGGAGGACAAGGCUUCCGAGGACGUGGCGGCGGCGGUGGUGGCGUUGGCCUCAAUCAAACGAUCGGCGGCGGUGGAGGUGGAAACCAACAGCAGCGUGGUAACCGCGGCAAUCGCUCUGGAGGACCUGGAGGCAUGAACAACACCAUGGGUGGCGGUGGCCAACGCGGCGGCGAAGAUUUCUUCAUUGCCCAGCGUCUGCGCAGCAUUGGCGGACCCACCCUCGAACUGCCGCCCAUUGAGGUGCCCACCGAGACCAAGUUCUCUGGGCGCAACCGCCUGUAUGUGGGCAACCUGACCGGCGACAUCACCGACGAUGAGCUGCGCGAGAUGUUCAAGCCGUACGGCGAGAUCUCCGAGAUCUUCUCGAACCUGGACAAGAACUUUACAUUCCUGAAGGUCGACUACCAUCCAAAUGCCGAGAAGGCCAAGCGCGCUUUGGACGGCUCCAUGCGCAAGGGACGCCAGCUGCGCGUCCGUUUUGCACCCAACGCCACCAUUCUGCGCGUGAGCAAUCUCAACCAGUUUGUGUCCAACGAGCUGCUGUACCAGUCCUUCGAGAUCUUCGGACCCAUUGAGCGCGCCAGCAUCGUCGUGGACGAUCGUGGCAAGCACACCGGCGAGGGCAUAGUGGAGUUCGCCAAGAAGUCCUCGGCCAGUGCCUGUCUGCGUCUGUGCAAUGAGAAGUGCUUCUUCCUUACGUCCUCGCUGCGACCAUGCCUGGUGGAGCCGAUGGAGGUGAACGAUGACAAUGACGGGCUGCCGGAGAAGGCGUUGAACAAGAAGAUGCCCGACUUUUGCCAGGAGCGUAGCAUCGGGCCUCGCUUCGCCGACAUGAACUCGUUUGAGCACGAGUACGGAUCGCGAUGGAAGCAGCUGCACGGCCUGUUCAAGAGCAAGCAGGACGCCCUCAAGCGUGAGCUGAAAAUGGAGGAGGACAAACUGGAGGCCCAGAUGGAGUACGCUCGCUAUGAGCAGGAGACGGAAUUGCUGCGCCAGGAGUUGAGGAAGCGUGAGGUGGAUAACGAGCGCAAGAAACUGGAGUGGGAGAUGCGCGAGAAGCAGGCCGAGGAGAUGCGAAAACGCGAGGAGGAGAACAUGCGUCGUCACCAGGGCGAGCUGCAGAGUCACAUGCUCCGGCAGGAGGAGGACAUGCGCAUCCGUCAGCAGGAGAGUGCGUUGCUGCUGCAGGCCAAGCAGCUCAACUCGAUGCUCGAUCUGCAGGAGGGAUUCGGAGGCGGCGGCAGCAACUCCGGCUUCGACAAUUUUGGGGCGGAAUCACCAUUUGAAGUAUUUAGAAACAACAACAGCAACAAUUCCACAAUGGUUGGAAACAAUGCUGGUCCCGGCGGUCAGGAUAAGCUGGAGCCUUUUGAAUUCGGUGCUGGCGGAAAUCAACGCGGCAACAACAUCGGCGGAAACAAUUCACCGUGGGGACGCCGACGUUUUUAGACACUGAACCCACAUUACGCGAUAAACAAAGAUAAAAGAACGUAAUCUUAUUGAUUAUGCUUUAUAUUGGACAUUUUACUCGACUGCGAGUUAGCAACAUAACAUUACACAAAGGGAUCGUGUAAGCGAAUAUGCGGCAGACUUAUAAUAUCAUUUGAUUUCAUACUUUGAAAACUAUAAUAAUCGUCAACGGUCUCAACAAGGAAUCCACCAUGAAGUAAUAAUAAGGAAAUGACAAAAGAAAAACCUUAUGGAAUUCACAAUCCAAACCCAAAGGGCAUGCUUACAAGAUGUGCAGUAUUGCAAAUAGGAAAACACUUAAAAAAUUCCCACUCAUCUUUUAACCAUUACGUACAUCUAUUUAAUCAUAACGAUAAUUUUAGAUAUAUGUAGUGACUAUCUCCAGUAACAAGAUUACUUUUUGUCUAUCAUUCAAUUAAAUACAUGAAGAUAUGACUGAAUUUAUAUUUUAUUCGCCAGAGAAUUCAUUAUAGGGGUCUAGCAUCACAUUUGAAAACCUGGAUGGGAGUAUUUUACAUGUAUUAUUUGAGUUACCACCCCCGCUUGAAUUUCGGUGUAUUUUGUAAUUAUACCUGUGUACUGAAUUAUUUUUAAUAAAAAUGGCUCGAUACUCAACAAUA